UAAAAAUCCUUGGCUAUAUACGGAACUUGACUCAAAACAAUAUGAAGAGUUAUUUUAUUUAUCAUCAAGUAUGAGUGAUGAAAUUAAUGAGGAACUUACUAAUUAUCUUUUGACUAUUUUAGGUGAGCUUUGCAUUGAGAAAAAUCAAGAAACGAAUAUAAUCGACAAAUUGGUUCAUCAGCAAAGUCAAAUAGGACAUACGAAAAAAUAUCUAGUUUGCCAGACCUCUAAUAUCGAUAAUAAGAAACGAGUUUGUUCUAAAUACAAAAAUAAAUUACCAACGCUUGCUGAGAUAGUCGACGAACAAUCUAAGAUUGUAAAUGCCGCUGAAAAAUCACCUAUUCCUACUUACGUAUUUAAACAAUGA